AUGCCUUUAGAAUUAUCAUUAUCACCUUUUUUAGCAUUUCCAACGUCCACUUCAACACAUAAUCAUCAUAGUAAUCGACAAAAAACUUUUGGAUUUCGUUCAAUUUUUUGUUGCCUCAGAACGCGUAAUAAACUUUUUCAAUCAUAUCACCCUAGCAUUAAUAGUGAAUUUUUGUUUGAACGAACUAAGCUACGUAUAAGGAAACCGAAGCGCAUUAAAUAUGCUUCGACCACAUCUUUCCAACAACAGAUCAAGAAAACUUUUCAUAGAAGUCGAGUCGAUGAUUCAGAAACAGCACACAUCAGCACGAAUGAUGACAAAGAACUCACCGAACAGGAGAAACAGAACAUGGAAACGUUGGGGAAAUUCUUGAAUAACCCUGUGACAAAAACGCGAGCAUUCAACCUUUUACAAAAUAAUCAACGGAUCGUCCAUCAAUUGAUAAAAUAUUCUACUUUGGAAUUGUCUCAACUAGACAAAGCUUUUCAACUUUAUAAACAAUUCAGAGAACAUUUGGUCGAAGUAUCCUUUGAAGAUAAAAAACAUUUGAUCUUGAAAUUUCUCAAGAAUUUAUGGAUUAGCGAGUCAAUGAUGGUAUUGGAAGAUAUGUGUGAGGAUGAAAUCAAACCCGAUAUAUUUUUUAUUAAUAAAGUGUUGGCCUACCUGAAAAAAUCCAGAAAUUACCAAGAAAUUUCACAACUCUUCCAUAAUAUUCAUAAACACGGAAUUCAGCCAGACACCCGAACGUACACUAUAAUUAUACAAACUUGCGUGCUUCAGGGAGAUAUGUCGAUGGCAUUAGAGUAUUAUGAAAAAAUGAAGGCGUUGGGAAUAGAACCCAACGACAUAACAUAUUUGGUACUAAUCCAAGGAUUUUCUAAGCAAAACGAUUUACUAAACGUGAGUAAGAUGUAUAACAUGAUGUUGAAAACAAUAAAAAUGAGACCGGCGUAUAAAAUGUUGAAUACAAUGGUUGACCUUUAUAUGCGAAAUGAGGAGAUUGGAAAGGCCGAAGAAACAUUUAAAAUAAUGAAGAAUUUAAAACUUCAGCCUGACAUAUCAUUGUAUAACAUAAUAAUACACAAUUCGACGCUUAAAUUGGAUAUGAAGACCGCGAAUAGUUUUUUCCAAGAGAUCAUCAAAUCUGGGUUCAAACCCGAUAUAUAUACCUACAACAUAAUGAUUAAUGGGUACAUUAAUUCGGGUGAUCAAAAAAGUGCCUGGAGAAUGUAUUAUCAUAUGAGAGAACAAGGAAUCGAACCCAACGAACAUGUCGGAAGUAGUUUGUUGCAAUUACAUUACGAGGCACAAGAUUAUCAAGGUACCGAGCAACUUUUUAAUAAAUUCUUUCACAAUAUAACAUUAUCACGAACAGGAAAUCAGAAUAAACUCGCCAGUGCACAUGAUAUCGAAUCAGUAAACGAGAUAUAUAAGGAAUUUCUUCAGGUCAUUGAUAAAUCUAGCAAAGGGAAAGACCGACUGCUUCCGGAUUCCAAUGUUUUUAACAUUUUUAUUUCAAAGUUUGCACAAGGCUUUGGGGAUUUGAAACGGGCUGAAGAGGUUUGCAAAGAUAUGACAAGCAGAGGGAUUCGCUCGGAUGUUGCCACUUUCACGAUACUCAUCGAUGGGUAUGCAAUGUUGGGACAAAUAGAAAAGGCGGAAGAGACAUUUCGAACAUUGAAAUCAACUUUGCUAAUCAAACCUAAUGCAUAUAGUUAUACUAGUUUAAUUAAAGCUUGGGUAUGGGUUCGUCGAGAAGAUAAGGUUAAGGAAGUUUACGAGGAGAUGAUUAAGGAAGGAAUCAAACCUCAUAGAGCAACUUUAAGAGCGCUAAUGAAAGAGAUCAUUGGGAUUCCUUCUGCCCAAGACGAGAUUUCACUAAUGCCAAAAACCCCUCGUCAUAUUUUGGAUACUUUAUUGUGGUCAGAUAGAUUAGAUAAGGCUCACGAUGUAACUUAUGCUCACGAAAUAUUUAAAAACUUUCUUAGGCAAACAGACAAUUUGGUAUAUUUAGGCCGAAAACCAAAACUGAAUCCUUAUUCUUUCACAAUAUUCAUGAGAUCGUUUGCUUUACAACAUGGAAAUAUGAGUUUGUCGCUAAAAGUAUUUGAAGAAAUGCUGCAGAGAAACAUAUCACCUAAUAAUGUCAGCUAUGGGAUCUUGAUUGAAGGAUAUGCAAGAUUGAACCAACCAGAAAAUGCAGAGAAAAUAUUUUUAGAAAUGAAAAAUAGGAACAUCAAACCCACCAUUAAAAAUUACAACAGUUUAAUCCGUGCUUGGGUAAAGGCAGGUAAGAGGGAAAAAUUCAAAGAAGUUUAUCAACAAAUGAUUAAAGAAGGGAUUGCUCCCAAUGAACAAACAAUUUCAAUAAUAAAAAUGUUAUAUUGA